AUGGUCUGCGUUGAGGUCUGCGCAUGCGUGAUCUUCCAUGUGCGCGGGUGCGCGGGUUCGCAGGACUUCAAUUCACAGAACUAGUGGUGAGGAGAAUCGUAGGAGCUCGCAAAUUGAAGUCGAUUUGUGAGCUCCAGUCGGCUGGAAAUGAUCAUCUUGCAACGACUGAAGACCUGCUAAGUUACGCUUGUAUCGUCUCCAGUUAUGGCGUUGCAAGUGAAAUUCCCGUUUGGGAAAUUAGUGAGCGUGCUUGUUACUCACGUGGAAGCUUCAGGCGACUUCUUCGUUCAAAUCAACAGCGAGGCGGGAAAAUUAGAUGCACUCAUGGAACAAAUUGAACAUAAUGUGUUAACCGGGAGAGCAAGAGCACCGAAAGCCUCAGAAAUCAUGGUCGGAUCUAUUUAUUUAGCCCAAUAUCAAGAAGACAGUCGAUGGUACCGCUCUCGAGUGUUAGAUGUGAACACGACAGAACAGCAGUGUGAAGUUUUUUUCGUGGAUUAUGGAAAUACGGAUUUUGUACCACUAAAUUGCAUCAGAAAUGCCGAGGAGAAGUUUUGUGAACUACCACAGCAAUCGUUCGAGUGUGAAUUGGAGGGGAUUAAUCGGUUCCGCGAUCAAAGCUUCGAGGAAACGGUAGCUUUGCUAAAUGAAACCAUUGUGGAACAAGAACUUUACUGCAAGGCUGUGCAGCUGAAGAAAAACUGCGUUCUAGUUACACAGCUUUUCUUUGACGAGAAAGGUACCAAGUCUGUUUUUGAUCAGAUGCAAAGUGGAGGUCCCGGCGCUGAGGAACAUUCCAUGAUAAGCAACGGAGAGAGCUCUUUACCUCAACAGUUGAACCGAAAGAGAGAAGUGAAAUUCAAGACGAUGAGUCUACCUGCUGAUUCAUUCCAUGAUCUCAGUGUCACCUGGGUGGAAGAUCCGUCACAUUUUUGGUGUCAGCUUUUGACAAACACAAACACAAUUGCUGCAUUAAUGGAGAAUCUAGCUGAAGUGUACACUAAUCUGGAGCCAGCUGCAUUUCCCCUUCAGUCAUGCACAGUGGGCUAUCCUUGUUGUGCAAAGUUUUAUGAGGACGAUGCUUGGUACAGGGGAGUAAUCACCAAUGUGAGUUCCAUUGCUACUGGACGAAUUGAAGUCAGAUUUGUGGAUUAUGGCAACUCGCAGGACACAGAGCUGUCAGACGUGAGAGAUUUAAAGGAUGAAUUUCUCAAGGACCCAUGCCAAGCAAUGUACUUUGCUAUUGCUGGUGUUGAUCCAGCAAGUAAGGAUGGGAUGUGGGCAGAUGAAGCCAAAGUGUUAUUUGAGAAGCUGAUCAACCUUAAACAUGUUGUGGGACUUGUAACCAGCGUGGAGAAUGAUGGAAGACAUCGAGUGAAGCUAAUGGACACUACAUCAGAUCUGGAUAUGGAGCUCAACCAGAUUCUUAUUGCGGCCAACUAUGGCGUCAAGUCGGCUGACACACCCACCACUACCACCUCGACUGUAACUACUUUGAAGUCAUCUCAGCCAGCCACCAAGCCUAUGUUGCAGCUUGUCUUUCCAAAAGAAAAAGUUCAAGUUGGCAUAGAGGAGAAAGUUUUGGUGACAAACAUCAUCAACCCUUCAAAGUUCUACUGCCAGUUGUUUAAAAAUGGUCCUAACCUUGAGAGUUUGAUGCAAGAUAUUGGACGCCACUAUUCCAAACUUGGUGCAAAUGAAGAACUUUUGUCAUCUCCAUCUCCUGGUGAUCCAUGCUGUGCUCAGUUUUCCGAAGACGGUUGUUGGUAUCGUGCUAUGGUAAUUAACUCUUCACCAAAGGGAGUUACUGUACAGUAUAUUGACUAUGGAAACUCUGAAGUGCUGCCACUUAGCAAGAUCAAGAGACUGAUUCCUAAGUUCUCCGACUUGCCACAGCAAGGCAUUGAGUGCACUCUGAAUAGGAUCAAGCCCACGUUUGUGGCAGGACAGCCCAAGUGGAAGCCUCGUGAUACUGAGACGUUUAUGGAUUUGGCUUUGGAAAAGGAGGGCAAGUUGAAAGUUAUCACCCAGGACAGCAGCGGAGUUUGCAGAGUGGAGCUUGUUGUGAGAAAUAGAAGAGAAGACCAGAAUGUCAGUGAACAGUUGCUGAUUAAUGGUAAUGCUGAGCUAGCUGAUGGAGCCCUGCCAGUUUCUGAAAACUAUGAGAGCCUUAAAUCACAGACCUUUCCCGAACCUGACCUGAAAGUUGGCCACUUUGAAGAUGUGAUUGUUAGUUACACCGAACAUCCAUGUAACUUUUGGUGCCAGCUGCGGAAAUCUGCUAGACAGCUGGACUCGCUCAUGGCAGAGAUCCAUGAUCUUUACUCUUCUGAAGGACACAGGAGUUCCAUCUCUAAUCCGGCAUGUGGUAUGCUGUGCUGUGCACAAUUCACAGAGGAUAACAAGUGGUACAGGGGCAAAAUCACAGGUGUCAAGAGAGGAGGACUCGUGGAGGUCCAUUUUGUUGACUACGGAAACUAUGAAAUACUUCCACUUGCCUGUGUCAAGAAGCUACAAGCAGAAUUCUUAAAACUCCCUCCACAAGCAGUGAAAUGUGCUCUGGCCAAAAUCAGUCCCACUAACAAAGAAUUGCUUUCUGAUGACGUCAUGAACAGAUUUGAAGAGUUAACUCUAGAUAAAGAACUUGUGAUGAUGGCUGACAAGUAUGAUGAAAUCAGUGGUACAUUUGCCGUGGUUCUGCUUGACACCACUGAAGGAAAGAACCUGGACAUUGCAAGCGAUCUACAGACCAUCAUAGGUCCAAGUACAACACGGGAAAAAGUUCAGAUCAUGAAAGCCCAGAUUCAACCUGGUACAACUGAACAUGUCUUUGUCUCCUCAGCAACAAGCCCAGCCAAGUUUUUCUGCCAGCUGUUGAAAACUACUGCUUCUUUGGAUGAGUUGAUGAAUGGAAUGUUUGAAUAUUACGAACCUCUGAGUCCUCAGCAGGAACAACUUUCUGAACCCUCAAUUGGAGAGUUUUGUGCUGCUAAGUUUUCACUGGAUGAUGGUUGGUAUCGUGCCAAAGUGAUUGAAGUCAAAGGCAACAGUGUUUCAGUCUUCUAUAUUGAUUAUGGUAACUCAGAGACACUUUCGAUGUCAAGAUUGAAGGUACUGAAUUCCAAGUUUCAAAGUCUUGCUAGCCAAGCUAUAGAAUGCUCGUUGUCUGGUAAUUUCAAAGGUGUGUCUGACGAUAAAUUUGUAGAACUUGUCUCAGAAAAAGAUUUUUCGGCCAAAGUCCUGAAUGUCAACAGUGGAAUUGCUGUGAUUGACCUGGUAUCAAAGAACACCAACCAGUCUGUCUGCGACAUUCUUAGCAAGGAAAGUGCACCAUCAGCGCCUUGUAACAUUGCUCAGUUGCAGUGGAAAACUGGAGAAACAAUUGAUGUGUUUGUCCCAUUUGCAGAAAGUGUGCAAAAAUUCUUUUGCCAAGCUUCUGCCCAUUCAAGUGAACUUGAUGACCUAAUGAACAGAUUGGAAGAAUGCUACAGCGCAAAUACAGAAAUUGUCUCUACCAUCAAAACUGGCUCUCUCUGUGUUGCUUGGUACGAUGGCUGGUACAGAGCAAAGGUAGAACAGGUGCAAGGGAAAGACACCACAGUCAAUUUCAUUGAUUAUGGAGACACUGCAACUGUUGCUCUUGACAACAUUAGAACAAUCAAGCCUGAAUUUUGCCUUUUACCAGCUCAAGCUGUGCAGUGUUGCUUGAAAGGUUUCUCUGCCAGACAAGGGCGAGAAAACUUCAAAGAUCUGGUUGUUGAACAGGAGUUUAAGGCAAAGGUUACCAGUGCAAAAAGCAGCAGUGUUUAUGAGGUAGACUUAGUGCCAGUAGAUGGUUCGGCGUCAAUUUGUCAAAGACUGUCCAAGGAAGUAGAAAUGUCAGGGCUACCAUCCUUGACUGUGGCUAGCAUCCAGUUUAAACCUGGUGAGAAAAUAGAUGUUUUCAUCCCAUUUGCAGAAAGUGCGCAGAAGUUCUUUUGUCAAGUCUCUCAGAAUUCAAGUGAUCUAGAUGAUCUUAUGAACAAACUUGAAGAACAUUACAGCUCAGAUCAGGAAAUUGUAACAUCAAUCAGUGUUGGAACUUUCUGCGUAGCCCGCUAUGAAGAUGGUGGAUGGUACCGUGCUCAGGUCACUGGUGUUCAAGGAGAGAUCAUUGAUGUUCUUUACAUUGAUUAUGGUGACUCUGCAUCUCUUCCACUUAGCAGCAUAAGAUUACUGAAGCCAGAGUUUUCAUCAUUACCUGCCCAAGCUGUAAAUUGUUCCUUGAAAGGUUAUUCCAGCAAUCAGGAACCAGAAAACUUCAAAGAUCUUGUCAUUGAACAGGAAUUUUCAGCACAAGUUACGUGUGUAAAAACAAAUAGUUAUGAAGUCCAGUUGGCAUCAAAAGAUGGUUCUGCUUUAUUCAGUAGAGAAUUGUCUGAAGAAACGAAGACAACAGCAGAAUCCAUGUGUAGUGUGGCUAGCAUCCAGUUGAAACCUGGUGAUAAAGUAGAUGUUUUCAUCCCAUUUGUAGAAAGCUCACAGAGAUUUUUCUGUCAGGUCUCUCAGAAUUCAAGUGAUCUAGAUGACCUGAAGAACAAACUUAAAGAACAUUACAGCUCAGGUCAGGAAAUUGUAACAUCAAUCAAUGUUGGAACUUUCUGCGUAGCCCGCUAUGAAGAUGGUGGAUGGUACCGUGCUCAGGUCACUGGUGUUCGAGGAGAGAGCAUUGAUGUAUUUUACAUUGAUUAUGGUGACUCUGCGACUCUUCCACUCGGCAGCAUAAGAUCACUGAAGCCUGAUCUCUCAUCAUUACCUGCCCAAGCUGUAAAGUGCUCCUUGAAAGGUUAUUCCAGCAGUCCGGGACCAGAAAACUUCAAAGAUCUUGUCAUUGAACAGGAAUUUGAGGCCCAAGUGACAAGUGUGAUUACUCAGAAUACUUAUGAAGUUGAAUUAGUGUCAAAAGAUGGUACUUCCAGCUUAAUUAGUAAAACAUUGGCCAAAGAUGUUGAAACAACACAAGAACCACUCUGCAAUGUGCCUAGCAUACAGCUAAAACCUGGUGACAAAGUCGAUGUUUUCAUCCCAUUUGUGGAAAGUGCUCAGAAGUUCUUUUGUCAGGCAUCUCAAAAUGCCAGUGAACUAGAUGAUCUCAUGAACAAACUUGAAGAACAUUACAGCUCAGUUCAAGAAAGCAUGACUUCAGUUAGUGUUGGAUCUUUCUGUGUGGCACAGUAUGAAGAUGGUGGAUGGUACCGUGCACAGGUCACUCAAGUCCAGGGUGAAAGCAUUGAUGUAUUUUACGUUGAUUAUGGUGACACCGCGACACUUCUGCUUAGCAGUAUAAGAUCCCUGAGGCCAAAGUUUUCAUCAUUACCUGCCCAGGCCAUGAAGUGCCAUUUGAAUGGGUGUUCUACAAAUCAGCAACCUGAGAACUUCAAGGACCUAGUUCUUGAACAAGAGUUCCAACUGCAGGUGACUGGUAGCAAACAGCCUGGUGCAUAUGAUGUGGAUUUAUUCUCUAAAGAAGGAUCCAAACUGUUUGAUGAAGCACUGCCCAGUGAAGCCAAGAAUAAAGAGAUAGGUUCCCCACAACUUUCAGGACUAAAUGUUGGCACAUUUGUCCAACUCUGUCCCAUUGCAUGUGUCAGUCCACACCAGUUUCACUGCCAGGUUGCAACACCUGAGCAUAAAGAGAAGCUGUCGCAGUUGAUGGAUCACCUCCAGGAAUACUAUGACGUAACAGGAGAUCAGGAACACAACAUAGCAAACCCUGUGGUGGGAAUGAACUGUGCAGCACUGUUUGCAGAUGAUGAGAUGUGGUAUAGAGGAAGAAUUACUAAAGUGGUGGAUGGUCAGUUUGUGGAGGUGUGUUACGUAGACUUUGGCAACUGUGAAACGGUGCCUGUAAGCAAAGUGAAGGCAAUAAAGAAGGAGUGGACAGAGCUUCCUGCUCAAGCCAUCCAGUGUAGCUUAGCUUCCAUCUCACCUGUCAGUGGUCCAACAUGGCCAGAUGCCAUUGUUGAUAGGUUCAAGAACCUCACAAUGCAGAAGAUGUUAGUUGGAAAAGUCAUCAAGAAAGGAAGUGAGAACAUCCUGGAGAUUGAGCUCUUUGACACAACCGAACAAUCAGUUGACAUCAACAUUGGUGACCUGCUGGUGAAGGAAGGACUUGCUAUCCGUGGCACUUCUAAACCUGUUGUAGCAGUCAAGUCCUAUGCAGCUCUUGGAAAAGUCAAACCUGCAGAGAAGGAGAAAGUGUAUGUCUCUGCCAUGGAGUCUCCUGGAUGCUUUUUCUGUCUAGUCAGUGGAACAGAGGAAAAACUUAUGGCUCUUAUGAGUGAGAUAUCAUCUACUUACGAUUCCUUAGCCAAUGAAGAGCUCGCCGUGAGUGCCAUCAGUGUGGGGGACGUUUGUUGUGCACAGUUUUCUGAGGAUAACCAGUGGUACCGUGCUGUUGUUGAAGAUAACACAAAUGGUGCACUAACUGUAAGAUUUAUUGAUUAUGGUAACACAGAAACAUUGCCAAUUAGUAGAACUAAGAUCCUGAAAGAUGCCUUCUUUGCUGAGCCUCCUUUAGCAGUUAAGUGCAGCCUUCUUGGUAUCAAACCUGCAGUUGGUGAGAACUGGCCUGAUGAAUCUUGUAUACUCUUUGAGGAACUCACUGCCGAGAAGGAGCUCAAUGCUAAAUUCUCGUCCUUCACAGAACCAUUUGAGAUUCAGCUGAAUGAAAGUGGCAUGGAUAUUGGAGAAGAGCUAGUUAAGGCUAAACUGGCUGCUUCAACGAAAACUGCCGUAGAGCCAAUUGCUCAGGGAAAGCCAGCAAGUGGACACUAUACAAACCCUGUUGUAGAGUGUGGUAAAAUAUAUGAUGUUGUCAUGACUCAUCUGUCUUCUCCUGGAAAGUUUUUCUGUCAGCUUGUAGACAUGAAGGAGCAGCUUGAUGGGAUGAUGACCGACUUGAAUGACCACUACUUUCAACUGGCUGAAACAGAAGGUUGUCUCGUCUCACCAUCAGUUGGGCAGCCAUGUGUGGCAGUUUUUGAAGAAAUGUGGUACAGAGCUGAAGUCCUAAACAUCUCAGUGAAUGACAUGAGUGUACAUUAUGUUGACUACGGGAAUGAAGAGACAUUGAAACCUUCUGGAGUUAAACAGAUCACCCCUUUGUUUCUCAAGACACCUAAAGUCGCCAUUGAAUGUUCACUGGAUCUGAACAGGGAUGAAUGGCCAGAGGACAGCACUGGUAUCUUUGAAGAGCUGACAGCUAAUGAUGAACAGCUGAUCAUAAAAACACUGCGUUGCCAAGGUGGAAGAUAUGAGGUCAAGGUGUUCAAUAAGGAUGCAAGUUGUUUUAGUGCAGAACUCCUUAGCACCCUCGAAGGAGCAGCACAAGAAGUAACCUUGAAAGAGCAAGCUUUACAAUUAGGCCAGACAGAAGAUGUUUAUGUCGUCCACACUGAAAGCUCAGAGGACUUUUACAUUCAGUUGUCAGCAAUGUACCCGCAACUUGAGCAAAUGAUGAAUGAGAUCACUGAAGUGUACUCUGGCCUUGCCGAUGAUGUAGGUCAUGAAGAUGUAGUUGUUGGCAAUCCUGUUUGCGCCCAAUUUUCAGAAGACAAUUCUUGGUAUAGAGCUGCUAUUAAGAGUGUGCCUUCAGACUUUGAAGUUGAGGUACACUAUGUUGAUUACGGAAACAGUGAAGUCAUUCUUCUAUCUGAUAUCCGUCAGUUGAGCAAAAGGUUCUUCGACCUUCCAGUGCAAGCAGUUCGGUGUUGUCUUGAUUCCCCAGUGGUAGAGUCAUUUGGACAAAGAGUAGCAGAUAAAGAGCUUAAGGCAACAUUUCUGUCACUAGAAAAAGGAAAAUGGAAAGUAAGCCUUUUUGAUGGGGAUGGAAAAGUUGGACAAAUAGAUGUGCCACAGGAUUCAGUUGACACCUUUCUGGUGAGAGAGUUCAUUCAGCCUGCCGUCGCCCCAGAGAUGAAAGAGCGUGUGUAUGUAAGCCAUGUGGUGAGCCCAGAUGAAUUCUAUGUGCAGUUUGAAUUUGCCCUGGAUGAGCUGUCAGCUUUGAGUGUGGAACUAAGCCGGUUUUACCUUUCCCUGGGGCCAUCUACCAAUGUAUUGAGAUCUCCCUCUCCUGGAAUGUCUUGCUGUGCAAGGUUUAGUCAGGAUGGCGACUGGUACAGGGGUAGAAUAAAAAGAGUAACUUCCUCAGGAGCAGAGGUUGAGUUUGUUGAUUAUGGAAAUAGUGAAGUGGUAUCGUUAAACCAUGUUAAGGACCCUGAGAAAGGCUUCAUGAAGUUGCCUCAGCAAGCUAUUCUCUGUGGUCUUGAUGCAACCAAAGACCACUGGUCAGCUGGAGAAGUGAACAUUUUUAAGUCAGUUGCACUUGACAAGUCUUUCAAUGCCAGAUUUAUCAUCCGCGAUGGGCAGAAGUGGAGGGUGUCUCUAGACAGUGGGGGAGCAUCUAUUGUGGACAUGUUCAUGACCAAAGAUGCUGCAGAUCUACAGCAAGAAGGAAGGGAAAUUUCAAGUGUGCAAGUGGGGAGAUAUGCUUUUCCACAAGUUACAUCAGGCCAGAUUGAAGAGGUUUAUGUAAGCCAUGUCACAGAGUCUGGAGAUUUUUAUAUCCAGUUGUCUAAGUCAUCAGCAGAUCUUGAAGCAAUUGAAAACCUGGUCAGUGAAAUCUAUGACCAGCCAGGUGCUACAGCAGAAGCCAUGGAAAUGUGCUUUGUUGAUUCUCUUUGCUGUGCCAGAUUUAGUGAAGAUUUCAAGUGGUACAGAGCUCUUGUCACAAAGGUUUUUUCAGACACAGAAGUUGAAGUCCUUUUCAUUGAUUAUGGGAACACAGACUCUCUUCAAGUGGGAUCAAUGAAGCAACUUAGACCUGAGCUUCUAAAGUUUCCAGUGCAAGCAGUCAAAUGCCGACUUGAAGGUUCUAAAGAUAUUUGGACAGAGAAUGAUGUUCAACAGUUUGAGUCUAAAGUUUUGGAGAGGCCUUUGCAUGUAACAUUUACAAGACAGGAAGGAACAACAUGGUUUGUAACUAUUCAAGAGCUUGACAUGUUUUCAAGUAAGGCUAGACUAACGGCUAAAGUGAGAUCAUUCUCGAAGGAGACCUUGGACGUGAAUAAGCGAGAGCAAGCAUACUUUCUGUUUGCUGAUUCCCCUGAUUGCUUCUGGUUAAGCUUGGUAAGAACUGGAGAUGAUCUAGUCAGACUGAUGGCUGAGAUCGCUAAUGUGGGGACAGAUCAACCAUUGGAGAAAUCGCAUGUGAAAGUUGGUGUGCCUUGCCUUGGAAUGUAUACAGAGAAUGACAUGUGGCAUCGUGCUCAAAUUGUAGAAGUACAAGAUGAUGCCAAUGCGACUGUUUUUUACAUUGAUUAUGGUAAUUCUGAGACCCUUCCACUGGAAAGACUGCAUGCCAUCAGUGAAUCCCAGCUGAAACUUCCUGCGCAGGGAAUCUGUUGUCGAUUGGCAGGGGUUCAGGGUGUUGAUCCCGACAAGAUUACCAAUUACCUGAAUGAGAUGCUUGUCGAGAAGGUGGUCGAAUUUGAAGUUCAAAAUCAGCAUGCUGAUGGUUCUUACACUGUUAAACUGUUCCAUCCGGGAACCUCACAGUCAAUGAAUGACCAGAUAGUCAGCGAGUGCCUUGGAAAUACCUCUCUCGUGGAUGAAACUAAGUUAGAACAAGCAUCUCCACCAAGGUUACCUGCAACACAAGAAAGGAUCACUUUUAAGCUUCCAGAACUUCAGUCCGGUAGCAAAGUCCCUGUAAGUUAUGUCUCUGCUUUUUUGCCUGCUGAGAUGCGGUUAUUGUUAACAGAAAGAACUGAAGAACAAGAGCAACUAACAGAGAGCAUAACAUCAAUGUACAAUGCCCUGAGUGAAAAUGAACUUAAACUUGAGAAUCCUGAAGUUGGGAUGUUGUGUUGUGUGCAUUUUUCCGAGAAGUGGUUCAGAGGUGAAAUCAUAAGUAUUUCUGCAGAUGGCACAGCAACUGUGAAACUUGUAGAUUGUGGAACUCAUGAGAAGAUACCAAUUUCAGAGUUGAAAUCACUGAAGGAUGAGUUCUUACAAACACCAGUUUUUGUCCUGGAAAGCAGCCUGGCUAAUAUCCAUCCCAGUUCAGAAGAUGGACAGUGGUCACCAGAGUGUUCCAGUGUCUUGGAAUCACUCUGCCGCUCUAAAGCACUGGUAGCAGAGAUCACAGAAGUGUUUGGAGAUGUGGUAGAGUUGAUUUUGAAUGAUGAGAGUGGAAACCAAAUCAAUCAGAGUCUUGUUGAGUUGGGAUAUGCAAAGGCAUGCAACCCACAGGAAGAUUUCUUUGGAGAACAACUAAAUUUGAAGUGGCCAGACUUACAGAUUGGGCAAUCCUUAGAAGCAUAUUUGAUGGCAGCAAAAGAUUUGGAAUCUAUUCAGCUACAACUUGCUGACCCUGACGCAGGUUUGUCCACAAUGAUGGAGCAACUUUCAGUGUUGUACUCCAAUUUGGGCGAGACUGAGGAAGUUAUUGGAAAUCCUAGAGUGGGACAAGUUUGCUGUGCCCAGUUUUCAGAGGAUCACGACUGGUACAGAGCUGUUGUUACUUGUGUUUCUGAAGCUGGAGUUGAAGUGAAGUUUGUCGAUUAUGGCAACAUUGAUGUGGCUCUGAUGGUCAAGCAACUCCGAGAAGAGUUUUUCUCCCUGCCUGUUCAGUGUGUUGAUUGCAGUCUUCAUGGUGUUGUGUCAAUGUCUGAGAAAAAUGAAGAAAUUGCAGCAAAAUUGACUGAACUGUGUGAAUCUAAAGAACUGAAAGCUGAAAUCACCAAUGUUUCAGGUGACUCUGUGGUAGUUAAUUUAUUUUAUGAAUCUGGAGAAAUGCAAGAGUCUGUUGCUGAUGUUCUUGUGAAACUAGGACUUGCACAUCUUCAACCCAGAGCACAAGAACAACGAAGAAUUUCAAUCUCUGAAGAAGGGAAAAUGGUGUAUAAUUACCCUGAGUCUGGAGAUGACUUUGUUCAUGAUGUAAGCUUGAUAUCAACUAGUUCACCAAGUGAGUUUUGGUGUCAGUUAGUGGAUUCCAUGUCAGAGCUGAAGACACUAUCAGACAAGAUUGAACUUUUUUACCAGUCUUUGGGUGAAAAUGACUUGAGGUUUUUGUGCCUGCAAGUGGGAGACACAUGCUGUGCACAGUUUACUGAUGACAACAAGUGGUAUAGAUCGCAGGUAAACAAGGUCUGUUCUGGUGGCCAAGUCUGUGUACGUUCGGUAGAUUAUGCCAAACAAGAAACUCUGACUCUGGACAGGAUCAAGAAACUCGACCCAGGGUUUGCAGUUCUUCCUGUGCAAGCCUUAUGCUGCAGUCUUGCCGGCAUUGAACCCCCUCACGAGUACUAUGAAGAAGACUGGAGCAGUGAUGCAGUGGGAAGGUUUCAAGAACUUUGCCAUGGGAAAGAUGUUAAAAUAAAGAUCAAAGAAACAGUUGGUGAUGUCAUUCUUGUUGAUUUACUAGAUUCUACUGGUUUGUCCAUAGCUAAUCAGCUGUUAUCGGAAGGACUGGCAGUCGAGACAAAAUCUCCUUUGACAGAGUCACCUGUGAAGGACGUGCUGCACAAACAAGACUGUUUAUCAAAUGAACAAGAAGGAGAAGGUGAUAAGGACAGUUCAGAAGAGAAUAUCUUUCAGGAAGCUUUAUCAGGUAUCGAAGGAGUGGAAGUGUUGAAGGUGGAUGAAGGAAAGACAGAGAUUGAAGAAGCAAAGGGUGAAGAAGAUGAAGAUGAUGAUGAUGAAGAAUUUCUCGAUAGUAAUGAUCAGGUCAUUGAAGACGUAACUGGAGUAUCAGAAGGCCACGAGUGUGAUAAAGGACUGUCACAAGCAACUGAAGAACAGGAACAAGCCGUGAACAAUGAAGAAAAGAAGCAAGAUGGUAAGAACAAACUUCAAGCAACAGAAGAACAAGAAGAGCCAACUAUGAAAGAGGGGGAAAAUAACAAAGAAGAAGACAAGAAUAGACUGCAGGUGACAGAUAAACAUGAAAUGCACACUGUGGAGGGUGAUUUAAAGAAGGAAGAAGGUGAGGAUGAACUUCAAGUAGCUAACAUACUAGAAGAGGUGGAUGUGGAAAGUGAUGAAGAUAAACAGGAAGAAAAAAUUGAUCUUCAAGCAACUGAAGAACUAGAAGAACAAGCUGUGGAAGAAAAUGAUAAGAAACCAGAAAGCAACAGGAGACCCCAGACAACUGAAGAACUAGAAGUGCAAACAUUCGAAAGUGAUCAGAACAAACAAGGUGCAAAUGAACUCCAAGCAGCUGAAGAACAAGGAGAGCAAGCUGUGAAAGAAGAUGAGAUCAAACAAGAAGGUGAGAGUGGACUUGACCAGACGGCAGAGGAAGUUCAAGGGGAAGAAAUAUCAGAAGAGCUAUCAAGUCCUGUGUCACAGACUGGUGAAACAUCAGAUUUAUCCAAGGACGUUGAAUGUCUAGCAGACGAAAAAGUGAACAAUACGGAAACUUCAGAAGCUGUCGGAGAUGCCGAGAAAUCAGGGAAAGAAGUACAUGAAGGACCAAAGAUGGAGGAAGUGUCUGAAGAGAAGGAACAAAGAAUUGAUGAGCAGGAGAAGGAAUUUGUUGAACCUGAGGAUGUUGUGACAGAAGCGUUCUCAGAAGAGGACUUGUCAGCAAUCACAGGCAGUGCUGGUGAAUCUGUAGCAGCGACAUUAGAUGUCGAAAAGAGCGAGGAAGAACGGUUCAAAGAAUCCAAUGUUGAAGAGGUUGUGCAACAAACUUUGAUGGUAGAAGAAUCUGCUAAGGUGUUCUUAGAAGAACUUCUAAGUGAUGUUUGUGGAUCUAUAGAUAAGCAGACAUCAGAAUACAUGGAAAGGGCAAAAGAAUGUGAUGAUGAAGACAUAUCAAAAAGUCCCAUUGCUGCAGAACAACAAGAAGACAUUGCAAAUUCUAAUGCAGCUUGCUGUGAUGAUGGAGACGACAAUGUGUUGUCUGAUGAGGCAUUGGAUAAGCUUGAUAAAGAGCUUGAAGCAGAAAGUUUAGAUGAAAAGGAACUGUGCUUUAACAGAUCUGGGAAUGUGCUGAAUGGAAGUAGUGAAGAGGAAAUACAUGAAGUGGUGGAAAAUGGACGACAGGACUAAACUGGUAUCAGUGGCUGCUUAGAUAGCAAGAUAUCAGUGACAAAUGGCCACAGUGAAGUAGGAAAGGACUUAACUAUUGAAUAGAGCCUAGAUACAUAUUGAAUAGAUACACCAGUUUGAAAUAGUUUUCACUCAUGCCAACCUGGUGGGUUAUGCUUGUUGGAAUCCUUGUUCAAGCAUAUAAAGGGUAUGGUAAAUUUUUUAUUAGUAGACAGUAGGAGUUCCCUGUUUCCUAUAUGCAAGGAAGUGUUUUGCAAGUUAGCUAUUGAAAUGCUACCUUUUAUAGGUCCGAUAUAUUUUUGGUUGUAACUUAUCAUUUCAUGGCAAAGAAAUGUAAUUUUUGGGUCAUAACCAUUUUGAGUCACAAUACUACAUUGCUGUUAUAACAAAAAGUUUCACAGCAUAUUUUGUGGAAUACGUUUGUUUCCAAACAUUUUUCAGCCUGUUAAUCAUCAGCUAAUAAGUUAUUCAGUGGCAUGAGAAGACUGAACUAAAAAAAAUUGCCUCAAACAACAGUAGCAGCAACAACAGUGUCUGAAGCUAUCUUCAUGUAGUAUGUAAGGGCUGGCUCAGAGCGAUUGUUAUGACAUUUUGUCAGGUGUGGAGUAUACAACCUUGCUGUACAUAGUGAAUUUAAAAUCAAGAGGUUUGGUUUAGUUUUCAAGCAAGGGUGUUAAAAGAAGAAUUGCGGAAUUAUCCUACCAUGAACAGAAGGAAGAUAAGACAUUCUUUUUGUUGUAAAAGACUUGUGCUAAAAUAGUUUACAGCAUAGACAAGCAUAGGUACCAGCAUGCAAGAGAGAUCUUAGAUGCAGCUAAAAAAAGUAAUUGACAAGUAUAGUGUCUUUAUAUGCUAUUGUUAUUUGACAAUUGAACAUUAAUACCAAAUUGUGUUGUUCCAAGAAAUAUCCAUACCUCCCCCAUGGAAGCUAAAGGAGGGUAUAGAACUUUAUAUUCCUCUUUCUACUAAAAAUUUGGUUACAUUGUGACACCUCUCACCCCCUCAGAUUUCUAAAGACCUUCUAGGGGUUGGGUAUGGAUAUUUUGUGGAACUGCACUUUUUUUGCUUAAUCUUAGUUAUCGCUCUGAAAACUGACGUCUAGUGAGACGUUAGUUUACUUGCACUGAAACUACGUAAGAAAAUUAUGACCAGUAAGUUGGUCUUUGAAAAAGAUUGUAUUAGUUCCUAAUGUCUAUAAGGUAGCUGUUUGUAGUGUCUAGUAUCUUGUAUUCUGGACUGACCUUUGCCAAUUGGCCUCAGCCAAGCUGUUUAUCCACACUGAAAUGUUGCUUCAGGUUUUCCUCACAAAUCUGCUAAACAUCAGGAGAAAAGUACCCUCCUCCACUUUGCAACUUGCAAAAUCUGAGAGCUUUUUGACAACAGGUUAUUCCAAGUUUUCCUAAAUUUUGUGUAACUUUUUGCAACAACUUGGCUGCCGGGUUGUGAGAAUCAAGUGACUGUCAUUAUGGCACUGAAAUCAUCAUUUAAUAUUGAAAGUCUCUACAAAUUUUUUCAUGAACAGGGCAGAUUAUUGGUACAAUAUUAGGCAAGUUUAAAAUGGACGUAUAAUUAGUUUUGUUUGGAACUACAUUGUCACAGGAAAUGUUUUGCAACAUGAGAUAGUCAGGUUUUUCAAAACUGCAAAAAUUGUGAAGUUGUGACAAUUAAAUGCCCAUGUGGGUCUAGUAAAAUUAGUAAAUUUGCAUGAAAUUACCCUCUUCUUUUCAUUGCUUUUAGUGCAAUCCUUGAAAGUGUAGCAGUGAUGAGCAGCUCUCAAAGUUUAGUGUUUUCAGACUUGGACAGUCAGCCAACAGAUAGUCCACUAUUUCCAGCCAAUGGAGACUGUUGUGCUGUCACUGAACUGCUUUCGAAUUUACAUACAAGUUAAUAAAAGCAGAACCCGACAGAUUGUUUUCUUUUUGUUUUAACUGGCUUCUCCCAUUCUGGAAUCUUAAAGAUUAAAUGUCUGGGAAUGGAAUUCUGAAAAUUAUUUAGUUGGUUUCAAAGCAUGUAGCAAAAUCACAACGAUUUAGUGUUGUGAACGAUCACCCUUGAAAAAUUCCAAAAUAAAAACGAAAAGUCGCAAAAACUUCCUGCAAUGAGGUAGAUUUUUUCCAGCAAUUUGGUUACAACAUUGCUUUUCUUCUUUCAUUGAUACAAAUGUUGUGUCCUGAAAAGAGACAAAUAGAAGGUUUUGGAAUUGAGAAAAUGUUUUUCUCCUUUGUUACCUGAUUGAACCUUUCUAGAAUUGAAUUUUUGCUGAUUGUAAGUGGCAUUUUUCCAGAGUUAAAAGAGUGUUUUGUAGUUACAGACACACAUUGGUUAUACAUGAAGCUGGUAGCAUUGUCUAUCAAAAGUAGAUGUUAGUUUUGUACUCAAAUUAGCAUUUGUUACUGUUAAAGAGAGAAAUUAUAUUUUGAAAUUGUAGAAAAUAAUUACUACAGUCUUCUGAAGCAUCAGUUUGAUUCCAAAACUUUGAUUAAAGAGAAAAUAGUUGCAGUUCGUA